CGGGACAGAUGCGUGACCUUGCACCAUAAGCACACACGUUGUUAUCCUCAGCCAAAAUCACUCCAACGAAUUGCAAAUAAUUUUUUUCAUUUUCUGAUGAUGGAUGAAGACUUUACGCCAGAUUCAUGGGACGCGUGUGAUGAUUCUAACAUCGAAAUUAAUAACGGUGUCAAAUCUUUAAAUGUUGGUGCGAAACCAUUUGUCCCUAAUAUCAACGCUCCUGUCUUUGUGCCUUCUUUUUCUCAAAAGACUACUGCUGCUGAUGAUCUGUCAGUUUCAGAUUCAGUGAAAUCCAUUAAUCAGGAUUAUGAAAGUAUCACUGACUUGAAAAAAUCUGAAGUAAUGAAUGGAGAAAAAUUGAAUAAUGAACCUUCAAGUAUGAAUGAAGUUAAUAAUGCUUCAAAAGAAGAUGAAAAACCAAUUGGAAAAUCGAAGAAGCCACAAAUUAUGCCAGAGAUUAUGAAGGAACAUAUUAACAUAGUGUUUAUUGGUCAUGUCGAUGCGGGAAAGUCUACCAUUGGAGGACAAGUUUUAUAUUUAACAGGACAGGUUGACAAAAGAACGUUGGAGAAAUAUGAAAGAGAAGCGAAAGAAAAGAAUCGGGAAACUUGGUAUUUAUCAUGGGCUUUGGAUACAAACCAAGAAGAAAGAGACAAAGGUAAAACUGUUGAAGUUGGUCGAGCACAAUUUGAGACAGAAAAUAAGAAAUUCACAUUACUUGAUGCCCCCGGACACAAAAGUUUUGUCCCAAAUAUGAUUGGUGGAGCUGCUCAGGCUGAUCUUGGCGUUUUGGUUAUUUCUGCAAGGAAAGGUGAGUUCGAGACAGGAUUUGAACGAGGUGGACAAACCAGAGAACAUGCAAUGUUAGCUAAAACUGCUGGAGUUAAACAUUUGGUAAUUCUCAUAAACAAAAUGGAUGAUCCGACAGUUGAGUGGGAAAAAUCAAGAUAUGAUGAAUGUAAAGAAAAGUUGGUUCCUUUUCUUAAGAAAGUUGGUUUUAACCCCAAAACAGAUGUACAUUUUAUGCCUUGUUCUGGUUUAACUGGUGCAAAUAUUAAACAACCACUUGAUCAAAAUGUUUGUAGUUGGUACAGUGGUAAACCAUUUUUGACUUAUAUUGAUAAUCUUCCCAAUCUUCAACGUUCUAAUACUGGACCUGUACGUCUUCCCAUCGCUGAGAAAUAUAAAGAAAUGGGAACAAUGAUUCUUGGAAAAUUAGAAUCUGGUACAAUAAGCAAAGGACAGACUUUAGUUAUGAUGCCAAAUAAGGUUUCAAUCGAAGUAAUGACUUUAUAUUCUGAUGAUUGCGAAACUACGCAGGCCUAUUGUGGGGAAAAUAUUAAAGCUAAAUUGAAAGGAAUUGAAGAAGAAGAUAUAUCUCCUGGUUUUGUUCUUUGUGAACCUUCAUCAUUAUGUCAUACAGUAAAGAUGUUUAAUGCUCAGGUUGUGAUUCUCGAGCAUAAAUCUAUAAUUUGUUCUGGAUAUAGUUGUGUUUUACAUAUUCAUAAUGUUGUUGAAGAAGUCACUCUAAUCGGAAUAAUUGCAUUAUUGGAUAAGAAAACUGGCAAAAAAAGUCAGACACAUCCAAGGUUUGUAAAACAAGAUCAGAUAUGUAUUGCUAAGUUCCAAACUGAUGGUAUAGUUUGUAUGGAAACAUUUGCUGAGUUUCCACAAAUGGGUCGAUUUACUCUUCGCGAUGAAGGAAAGACAGUAGCCAUAGGAAAAGUUCUCAAAUUGAAACAAUAGAUGGAAGCAACGAUGGCGACUUUCGUUGUAUUUAAAGUUGUCGUGCAACGAAAAUUCUAACCUAUAAUCGAAAGAAAAUGAUAAAUUAUCCAACUUUAAAUAUGUGUCUUUAUGAACGAAAUGGUUCAAUGCUUUUUUGACCUCAAAACUACAACCAUUUCGUGCACUUUUUAUUGAUUUUAAACUCUUGCUUUUAAGUUCUCGGAUUAUCACUUGGUCGUUUCAUGAUCUUGGUAGAAAAAUUUGAUUAUGGAGUAAUGAAAAAAUAAACAAAAAUGUAACUUGCGCUCUGCUUACUCAAUGUAAGACAUGUUAGCUAAUAUCAUAGAAUAAAACUUAUGCACUUUAAUCAUUCAAUAAAGUUUGAAGUCGGGAGUAUGUAUUGCAAAUAUUUGCAAGCAGUUCUACUCUCGAAAAACUCGAA